AUGACCGAUUUUGCACUGGAUCUAUUGAAACUAACGCCAGUGGAGCAGAGUAUGGUGAUGUCACCGCUGUCCCUGGUGGCUGCACUAUCCGUGCUCGAGAGUGGCGCUGGUGGUACGACUAAGAAUCAAAUCGCUGAAGCUUUGAAGAGAAAGACUGGAAAUGACGUGCCGGAGCUCAUUCGUCGGUUGGCUGCUGCCGAUGGCGUCCUCAUGGCGCUACCACCCUUCACGAGGAGUACAACAACCAAGUGUCGAAGAACUUUUGAUGUGACUGCAGAACGUCUCAACUUCCGUGAUCAGAAACUUACUGUCCAGACGGUGAACAACUUUGUCUCGGAUGCUACUCGUGGAAUGCUCAAAAAGUUGUUAUCAGACGAUUUCUCUGCACCAGACAUGAAGGCAUUCUUGGUCAACGCCGUCUACUUCAAAGGACAAUGGGCCGAUCGUUUCUCAGAAGAUGCCACUCAAAAAGAUGUUUUCCAUGGUAUCAAAGGCGAUCGAGAGGAGUCGUUCAUGAACAUGAACAAGAUGAAGAAAUGUCGUUAUAACGUGGCCGAAGGAGUGGAAAUGCUAGCACUACCGUAUAAGGACAAUAACUACGAAUUUGUCAUUUUCCUCCCACAAGAGGAUGUUCCGUUCGCGCAAUUUCGAGAAGGAUUUACUGGUGAUAAGAUCAAAGAACUUGUAGACAAAGCUGAAAAGACGCACAGUGGAGUGAAUGUCACCAUUCCAAAAUUCAAGCUGUCCUCGUCACCGGAUAUGAAAGAUAUGUUGCAAAAGUUGGGAGUCACGGAGCUCUUCAGCGGUGAUGCUUGUGACUUAAAAGGAGUAUCACCGGAUGAGCUCUACGUCGGAGACGUCGUUCAUCAAGCCGUCAUUGAGGUCGAUGAGGAAGGCAGUGAACCUGACGAACUUGCCCAGACAAUCUCGAAACGAAUGUUCACUCUUCGUAACAUCUUCCCAAUAUUCCGUGCCGAUCGCCCGUUCCUUUACGGGAUCAUCCACAACCAUGAAUUCGUCUUCAUCGGACAGUAUUGCUGA